GUCAGCAAGAUAACCGCAGCAAAUCCGCCUGGGCCAAAGGCCCCUGGCGGGUCGGAUGAGGCACGAUGUCUGACCGGGUCGCCAAGCUGGAGCUUGAUGCGGAGGAGGAGGGUCAAGCGCGCUUCGACCCGCGAAGCCGACGCAGCAGGACCCUGACCUCCACCAUCUCACCCCGGCUGCCUGGAGCUGUGCGUUACGGAGUGCACUCCAUCCAGAACCAGCGCAGCGAAAUGGAGGAUGCCCACCGAGCUGUGCUUGGAGCCGCCUGCUGCAGCCCGUCUCUGCGGGCGCAGGCAGAAGCCUGGCUGGGGGAUUUGUCCUACUUCUCCGUCUUUGACGGGCACGGCGGGUCUCGAGCUGCUGAGUUCUCCAGCGACCGCCUCUUUGCACUUUUGGUGGAGAAUCGCGACCAGCUCCACGCGGAGCCAGAGCUUGCUCUGCAGAAGGCCUUCGCCCAAACCGAGGCCGAGUGGCUGACGCUGGCGCGGGAAGAGGAUCUCAUGGACGGUACCACAGCAGCAGUGGUGGUGGUGGAUCGCAUGGCAGGUCGCUGCAUUGUUGGCAAUGUGGGCGAUAGCGAGGUGCUUCUUGGUGGCCGGAGUGGGGAUGGUGGCACCUUUGCCCAGCCUUUAACGGAGGUGCACCACUGCAAAAGGAGUGCUGGGGAGGCGCAACGAAUUCAGCACCUCGGGGGCCGCGUGUGGCAUGGCCGCCUAGGCCAUCCAAAGAUUAGUCCGCAGGUGCUUUCCCUGUCAGUGUCUAGGGCCAUUGGGGACCUCUUCUUCAAAGACGAGAAGUUCACUGGCGGGGUGGCGUCUGGCCUCACAGCAGACCCCUACAUCAGCUCGGCCGAGGUCUGCCGCGGCAGACUGGUGCACGAGUUCUUGCUCAUCGGCUGCGACGGGCUGUGGGACACGGUCAGCUACGAGGAGGCAGCAAACCUUGUUCUUGAGCGCCUGAGCGAUGGCGAGGAGCCCCAGGUCAUCAGUGAGGCGCUGGUGCGCGUGGCCCGUGAUGCGGGAUCCAUGGACAACAUCACAGUGAUGGUGGUGGCCUUUUGAGAGGGCCUCCAUCUUGACCAUCUUGACCUUCGCGCUUCCUUGAGACAAAAUCCACAGUCUUUUUUGCCGCAACGCGUUUUGCCUUGGAGUGGCUCACAGUUCGGAGCGGGCGCUGGGUUGAUUGCCUCCUUUUCGUGUUCCUUGCGUGUUUUUCCGACUUGGCAACUUUCUGACAAUCUCAACUCAGAAGCACCAGGUGGCCAU